CUCAGUCUGCAGAGCCCACUUAACAACAACCAAAAGAGCAAACAGACGACAACACAAAGACAAACUUGAGUAUCCAACAUUGCACAUUGCCGGAUACACCGACAGAAAACUCCUUAAGCCAGCACACUUUUCUGCCCGGGGAAGAAAAGUUAAACAUUAACGCUGCUGAAAGCCUCCUGAAAGCUUCGACUUCCAUUUGGGGGUUUUAAAAGCUGCAGUUUGAAGACUUGAGAGCCAGAAGCUAUUAUACCAAGAGAUACCGUAUCAGUUUCCCCUCAGGACCUCCACCGCUAUUGGCCCCAGCUGCAGGAAUCUUGAAGGCUGAUUUUUAAUAUACGAUUAAGAGGGUGAUGUCAUACCUCAGGUUACACAGUGCUCAUUUAUUUAUUUGUAUAUUUUGUCUUUUAGAGCGAAAUCUCUCUAAAGGGACUGUAUGAAAAUGUUUAGGGCAUGGAGAGGGGUCAGAAAAAGGGGUGGGUUUUGUUCACUCAAGGGAGGGGAAUAGAGCUGAAACAAUAAGUUGAUUAAUUGAAUUAGUCAAUCCGAUUCCAGCUUCCCAGUGUGAAUACCUGGUGCUUUUCUUUGUCUUAUAUGUUAUUAAAUUAAAUAUUUUCUUUUUUUUUGGACAAAACAGGACAUUGGAAGACGUCAUGUUAUAUCUUUUUAUAUCAUUUUUCACUAUUUUUAUGAUAUUUUUUUGACCAAAUUAUUAAACAGAAUAACAGAUUAAUGGAUACUGACAUUAAUUUGGCAGGGACAGUCUGGCAUUUUUGGUAGAGCAGGAGAGGCUCUAGGGUCAGGUUUUUGUUCUCUGACCCAAGAUUCAUUUCAUCAUAAUGAAUAUUCUGUUGAGAAAAGUAAGUCAACUGGAAGAUUCAAAGAAAACUCACUGAGAAGGAUCUAAAGUUUAAAAAAAGUGAGGCAUACAGUCCCAAUACUUUGCAUACAGUCCCUAAAUUGGACUCUGGAAUUUCUUUGGAGGAUCCCGAUUCAAAUCAUGUCAAAUGAAUAUCUGUGUAACUUUUCAACCGCCCAGACUUUCGAUAUUUUCAUCCACAUGCGUCACUCUCAAGUGUGUGAUUAUGUCAAACGAUCUCAUUGGCUCUGAGGUCAUAAUAACAACUACCUGCAAACUAGUCUGUCCACUGUAGUGGUUUUCAUGCACGGAAACAUUUCUUGUCCGAACUCCACAACCAUGAAUUAUCCUAAACACUCAUUCAUCUUCUUCCCCCCUAACAUGUAAUUGUACAACAGCUGAAGGGAUCUUGCCUCAUCUUGUUGUGAGAUACCUUCCACUCUUGAAUUCUUGCCUGGAGGCCGCCUGGUUGUUUGUAUACCACGACUGCAUGUUUCUGCACGCCGAAUCCAAUCAUCCAACCCUUUAGCUCUUGCAAAAUCACAACCAGCCAGAAAAAAAAGUAAAGUGUAGCCAUUAAUCCGUGAACAUUCUUAUUAUCUCUUUAUUGAAUACCCUAAUCCCUAGGAUAGUGGGUUACGUGCUCAACUCAUCCUGUGCUUUGACACAGACGUUAAUCCAGAGUUGUGAAAAUAAACAGAAAUCCAGCUUGGUUUCUGAAUUGGGGAUAACCUGAAAAGCCAAAUGCAAACACCAAAAUCUUUACAUAAAGUCACAGAAUCACAGCACAACUGUGAGGCCCUGUUAUUGUGUCACAAUACCAGACACAAAACACAAACUGUAGAAAAACAAUCUAAUAAAAAGAGGUGUCAUACAUGUCAAACUGUGUGCACAAACUUAUGGAAAAACCCUUCAAGAUCUUCACUGAGCAUCUAAUUCUAUAAGUCGACAGCACCAUCUAGAGGUGAAUUCAGGUAAUUCCUGUUUUGAAGACAGAUCCAACAUGGCUGCUCCCUUGUAGGCGUUUUUCUGUGUUACUGCUUGUUGCUGCAAACCAUGAGGAAGUUCAGCCACCAUGGAUGCAAAGGAAAUAGUCCACUGUGCUCUGCAGAUAGAGAGAUCCAACGCAGACAGGAGCUAUGGGAACAUUGUAACCCUCCUUGGUGACCUUGAUAAGUCGCUCAUCACAGCAGAGCAGCUGGAAACGACGGACAUUGUUAAAGUUCUCUAUAGGCUCCUGAAAACCUGCCCCGAUGGCAGUGUGAAGAAGACAGCAAAGGGCUUGUUGUCCAAGUGGAAGAGACAUUACAGCAAAGAUAGACGAGGUGUGAAAUGCACAGAGGAGAGCGAGGGUCCUGAGCUCUCUGGCUGGGUGGAGGAGGCUGCGGGUGGAGGAGACUCCAAACAGGCUGGCUCAGCACAGACGUGUGACAGCAGGGUGGAGAGUGCAGAAGAAGAAGCAUCAUCCUCAGGGGAGAAAGAUGGCCUCCAGACUCUGUCUUUAACUGCAGGGAGCUCAUCUGCAUCCUGUAGUUUCUCAUCUGUAAGAUCUAAAUGCGUCCAGCUCCUCCUCGCUGCCCUCUGCCCCGAACUUCCUGACCAGCACAACGCUGCAGAGCUGGCUGGAGACAUCGAGCAGCACAUCCACGAGCUCCACAAAUCCAGCCAGCUCAAAUACAAAGCCUGUGUGAGGAGCAAGGUGGCCAACCUGAGGAAUCCUAAAAACAAACAUCUUCGCCAGGGCCUCCUCAGCGGCUCGCUGUCGCCUGAGGCCUUCGCUCGGAUGUCUGCAGAGGACAUGGCGAGCGCAGAGCUCCGGCAGCUGAGGGAGGAGUACUCUUCCCGCGGUGUGAGUGAAAGGCAGCUUCCUCAAGGGCUAGAGGGGACGCCGACGCAGAAGAUCCACUGCAAAAAGUGUGGGGGGUCAGACUGUAGGGUGACGCAGGUGUCCAGGGGGACCCUUUUCCUGCCCGCGUGGGUGAGGCAGGGCGGCCCUGAUGAGGACGCGAUGACUUUUGUGACCUGCAGCAGGUGUGGACAGCAGUGGUACCACAGUGGCUGGGUCUGCCUCUAAAUCCAGAUUAAUGGUUUCAUAUUGCUUCCAUACAGAGGUGGGAAGUAACAAAGUACAAAUACUUUAUUACUGUUGUCUGAUAACCUUUUACUUUUACACACAUCUGAGCUUUCUACUCCUUAGAUUUUCAGUUAGCUUUGCACAGAAACAGCCGGUACAAAUGGCCUUCAGAGAAACCAACAGUCUACCUUUAUACUUUGUGUAAAUCCGUGUACUUUUUCACUUUUACUUGAGUAAAUAAGUUUAAUCAGUAUUUCUACUUUUACCGGAGUCUUUUAUUUAACACAAGUAUCUACACUUCUACUUGAAUAAAGAAGGUCUGUACCUUU